CGGACGGCACCCAUGGCGGCCUUGCGACCCCGGAGGAGGGCUCUGCUUCGUCUCUGCCGCGCCUUCUCCAGCGGCGGCUGCCAGCUCGCCCCCGAGCGCGGCGGUGAGCGCAGGGAUGCCGCGCCGAGCCGGGUCUCAAGAUUCUGCCCUCCAAGAAAAUCUUGCCAUGAUUGGAUAGGACCCCCAGAUAAAUAUUCAAACCUUCGACCUGUUCACUUUUACAUCCCUGAAAAUGAAUCACCAUUGGAACAAAAGUUAAGAGAAUUAAGACAAGAAACACAAGACUGGAACCAACAGUUCUGGGCAAACCAGAAUUUGACUUUUCUUAAGGAAAAAGAAAAAUUUAUUGACUCAAGACUAAAAGCCAAAGGCCUGGAACUGAGAGCUGAAUCAGUUUAUACCUCCCAGGUCCAAGGAAGUAGCCAGACUGAGGCUCUGCCCAGGCGGGGUUCUGUUGAAGGAGUGAGGCUGCUCCACAGACAGUGCCCAGCAGACCUGAGGGCCAGGCAAAGGGGUCCACGUGCAGGAGACACAUUAAACGCGAACGGCAGGUGGCAGGAGGCGUUUGUGGCAGAGAUGAAGAGGCGUGUGGACUUUAUGAAAAGCCUUAACAAAUUUGUAGAAAUAACAAAACACCUGCAGAUGAAUAAUGUGACUACAAGAAAAAAACUCCUCAAACUAAAUUUCACAGUGCCUAUUAAAACAGCACCUAGGGACUUCCCUGGUGGCGCAGUAGUUAAGAAUCCGCCUGCCAAUGCAGGCGACACGGGUUCGAGCCCUGGUCUAGCAAGAUCCCACAUGCCGUGGAGCAACUGAGCCCAUGCGCCACACCUGCUGAGCCUGAGCUCUAGAGCCCGCGAGCCACAACUACUGAGCCCACGUGCCACAACUACUGAAGCCUCCGCACCUAGAGCCCGUGCUCCGCAACAAGAGAAGCCACCACAAUGAGAAGCCCACGCACUGCAACAAAGAGUAGCCCCCGCUCACCGCAACUAGAGAAAGCCCGUGCGCAGCAGCGAAGACCCAAUGCAGCCAAAAAAAAAAACAAAAAACAAAAGACAAAAAACAAACAAACAGCACCUAGGCCUUGUUUUAUGCUUACUGAACUCAAGGAGAUGUUUUCCCAGCUCCUUUUCCAGAAGGAUUUAGUUGCAUGAAGUACGCAUAUGCCAAGAAGCGGGGAAACUAUGACCACUGAAUAUCUAAGAAUUCAUCCUAUAGGAAAACACGGGAAGACUUCACUCUGUUCCUUGAAGCAUUGUCUUUCAUUGCCAAACAAUGGGAAGUAUCUAAAUAUCCAGUCAUUUCAGAUUAGAUAAGGCUGUGGUGGCCCACUGCGCACUGGAUGUUCACUGGAAUAUUCUGCAGCAGUCUAGGAACAUUAUUGACUUAAUUUCAAGUGCGAAAAGUAGAAUACCAUGACGUCAGCUCUGCCUGCCCCCAGAUUAAAUCCCGUGUAAGGCAGGCAGUGCUGUGGGAGGGUUCUUGCCUCUAGUUGCUUUUACUGCUGAAGUGUUUAUGCAGCUGGAGCGGGGUGCCGUCAGGAUGGGUUUACUUUAAGUCAGCUGGUAUUUAAGAAACACCCACUCGGUUUGCGGUAAAUGUGUAAUAAAUUAGAUUGUUCUGCCUGUCAUUCUUAGUAUUACUAAAGUUCAGUAUCACAUUGCAGUGUUGACAGGUGUGGAAUCUGAAUUACUCAGCAAACGUUUAUGGUGCUUCUGCUUUAUGCUGUGCGUCACCUGGGAAUGUUUGGGCAGGACACCAAACUAGACCAGUAGCUGAAGGUGGCACGCCCAUCUGUCCUUAGAACCCUGGGGCGCCUGCGGUGCUGCCGGCAGCGGUGACGAGCGCGCCCCUCUGUGCCAGGCCCGUCCCACCUGCCACACUGACCGCGACUCAGUUUGUCUCAGAGCGGCCUUAUGAGGUGUGCUGCUGUGAUCCGCGUCGUGGAGCCCGGAGAAGCCACAGGGCCGGCGAGGGACGGAGCCCUCCUGCCUGCGGGGCCGGGAGGACACGUCCCGCCUCCUCAGCUCCUCUCGUCAUCGUGUGAGAGGCAGGGGAGGCUGGCUGGAGGGUGCGCAGGCGCCUCUCCCUGGAGGACCGGCGGGACCCGCUUGCAGCUUAGGAGACGCCGCUGCUCUCGGCCAGCGCGCGCCCCGCUGCCCGGAGCGAGAGCUCCAUGUACGGCCCCACAUCGCGCUGCAGCCCUGCCUGCUCUCCGCCCCCUCACUCUGUGUUCAGCCACGUCUCUGCCUCGCCACACCCGUCACUUGCUCUGCCCGUGCUGCUCCCCUUCUGUGCCCUGUGGGAUCCUGGCUGGACUGUCCCCUUCCCUGGGAGCCUUCGGCUUCCCUCCCCUCCUCAGGCAUCUGGUUGUCCCUCUCUUUCCGCCAUCAGUAUCCACCCCUUGAUUGAUUCCAGGUAUUUACUGAACGCCUGCCACAUCCCAGGCUAGUCCUGGGGACCAGCUGGGGACGAGACAGAGCCACGGCCUCGCCUUUGUGGAGCGGAGCUCCUUGCGUGGGCCGGGCGGGUGACCAGCAGACGAGCAGCUCGGCGAACGCGCUCCGCACUCCCGGGCUGUUGACCGCGGGGGAGGACGAAGCCGAGGGGAGCGCAGGAGCCGGCGUUUUAACAGGGGCCUCAGGGAAGCCCCCUCGGAGGGGCGGCGUCUGGGGAGGUGGCGAGAGGGUCUUCCAGAUGCAGGUUUUGAGGAGCAGCAGGAGGCUGGGUCAGAGGAGCGAGGGCGCGUGGAAUUGACUGCUCUUCGCUCAGCCCGCGGGGGUCCAGGUGGCGUGUGGGCCCCUGCUCAGGCUGGCCGCGAGGUGGCCCUUCUGCCUCUGUGGGGGACAGCCACGCUUGUACUGUGUGGUCUACGUUUGCCUUUGUGCUGUGUGAGUUCAGGGUUGGCCACUUUCCCUCCUGUUUCUGUAGAAAUGUGCCCUGGGGUCACCUUCCCAGCUCUGUCUCUGUCUCCCAAAAAUCCUGGUGCGGUUGAAGUGUCAGCAUCAGCUUUGCAGCCAGGAAACACGGCCUCUGUCUGGAGUCCUGGCGAGUGGACUAACCCCGGGGGGAGCCGGAACGGGGGCCUCUCUGGAUGGGGGUGCUCUGCAAGUGCAGGGACCCUGGGUGCGACGCCUGUUUGGAGCUUGGGGCUUCUAAGCCAGAGGGCUCUCUCCCCAGUUUCCUCCUCCCACCAGCUCCUGGCAGCCACUAGUCUACUUUCUGUCUCUAUGAAUUUGCCUAUUCUGGACAUUUCCAGAUAAAUGUCAUCAUAUACAGGCAUACCUCAUUUGUGCUUUGAAGAUACUGUGUUUUUUACAAAUUAAAUGUUUGUGGUAACCCUGUAUAGAGCAAGUCUAUUGGCGCAAUUUUUCCAACAGCAUUAUUUUGUAAUUAAGGUAUGUAUGGUUUUUUAGACAUAAUGCUAUUGCACACUUAAUAGAUCUCAGUAUAGUGUAAACAUAACUUUAUAUGCAUUGGGAAACCAAAAAAUUCAUGUGACUCACUUUACUGCAAUACUUGCUUCAUUGUAGUGGUCUGGGACCAAACCCUCAAUAUCUCCAAGGUCUGCCUGUAAUAUGUAGUGUUUUAUGUGUGCCUUCUUUCACUUAAGUGUGUGUUUUCAAGGUUCAUCCAUGUUGUAGCAUGUAUCACUACAUUGAAGAUUCUUUUCUAUGGCUGAAUAAUAUUCCACUAUAUGGACAUACGACAUUUCGUUUAUCCAUCAGUUGAUGGACAUUUGGGUUGUUUCCACUUCUUGACUAUUAUGAAUAACACUGCUGUGAACAGUCACGUAUAUAUCUGUAAGUGGGAUGCAGGCUCAUAUGGUAACUCUAUGUUUAACUUUCUGAGGAACUGCCAAGCUGUUUUUCAAAGUGGCUGCAUCAUUUUACAUUCCAACCAGCAAUAUGUAAGAGUUCCAAUAUCUCUGUAUCCUCAUCAACACUUGUUAUUGUUUGUCUUUUUGAUUGUAGUCAUCCUAGUGAGUGUGAAGUGAUCUUAUUAUCUUUUUAAGUUGAAUUUCCUUAAUGACUCAUUAGUCAUUAGUUGAAUAUCUUUUCAUGUUCGUAUUUGCCAUUUUUAUAUCUCCUUUGGAGAAAUGUUUAUUCAAAUCCUUUAAAAUUGGGUUAUUUUAAAGGAUUUAAUUGGGUUAUUUCUCUUUUUAUUGUUGAGUUGUAAGAGUUCUUUACGUACUCUGGAUAUUAGACCCGUAUUAGAAGGAUGAUUUGCAAAUAUUUUCUCCCAU